UCAACGGUUUGAUUUCUUAUUUUGAGAAGAAAAUGUAUUUAAAUUUAUAUGAAUAAAGCAAAACUGAUGUGAUUUCAUGAGGCUUAUCAUUAGUAUUGUUUUGUGCAUUAAAAAUGUAUAUUAAAUCUAUAGUUCUUGACGGUUUUAAGUCUUAUGGAAACAGAGUCGAAGUCACCGGCUUCGAUCCUGAAUUUAAUGCUAUUACUGGAUUAAAUGGAACUGGGAAAUCGAAUAUUUUAGAUUCUAUAUGUUUUGUACUAGGAAUAACAAAUUUAUCCAACGUGCGGGCAGGGAGCUUACAGGAACUUAUUUACAAACACGGACAAGCGGGUAUUACAAAAGCCACAGUCAGCAUCACCUUUGAUAAUAGGGACAAGAAGCAGUGCCCUAUUGGUUAUGAAAAUCACGACGAAAUUACUGUCACUAGACAGGUUGUUAUGGGUGGUAAGAACAAAUACCUCAUAAAUGGAAUAAAUGUACAAAAUAAAAGAGUGAGCGAUUUGUUCUGCUCAGUUCAACUGAAUGUCAACAAUCCACAUUUUCUUAUAAUGCAGGGGAGAAUUACUAAAGUGCUGAAUAUGAAACCACCAGAGAUCUUGUCAAUGGUAGAAGAAGCAGCAGGUACCAGGAUGUAUGAAGCUAAAAAACAAGCUGCUCAGAAAACCAUAGAGAAAAAGGAUGCUAAAUUAAGGGAAUUAAAUGAUAUAAUAAGAGAGGAUAUAGCACCAAAACUACAGAAGUUGCAAGAUGAAAGAUCACAAUUUCAAGAACAUCAGAAAGUUGUUAGAGAACUUGAAAAUCUAACGAGGCUACAUGUUGCUUGGAAGUAUGUGUCAGCCGAAGAAAGUGUAAAAGAAGCAGAGAGAAAAGUAACAGAAGUGCAAGAGGAAGUAAAAAAUAAGAAAGAAAAUAUUAAAAACAAUGAGAAAGAGGCUAAAGAGUUUGACAAGAAGAUAUCUGAUUUACACAAGAAGUUAGAUGAGGAAAGUGGCAGUGUACUUCGCGAGCUCGAAGAAGAAUUUCAAGAAGCUGAAAAAACGGAAGCGGCGGCGUCGAGUGCGGCGCGCGGCGCUAAGGACGCAGCGACGGCGGGCGACGCGCGCGCACGGUUACUGCGGCGCGCGUUAGCGGACGACCGCGCCGCGCUUGCGGACAAGAACGCGCAAUUGCAACAGGUAUCAUCAACAUUUGAGAGUUUGAAGUCGGCGAGUGAGUCGAGCGAAGCAGCCCUAGCGGAAGCGCAACAGCGCUUUCUAGCAGUCAGUUCAGGCUUAGAAGGAGCGUCGGAGUCUUUGCAGGAUCAACUGAUUGCUGCUAAACAAGAGGCAUCGGAGGCGUCUACUAGAAUAUCACAGAGUACUAUGGAGAAAAAGCACGCAGAAGAAAGACUCAAAACACUCGAGAAAGAGUUCAAAAGCAGCAGCGCUCAAUAUGAACGCGACCGCGCCAGUAUAGACAAGCAUGAAGCUGAGGUUGAACAACUGAAGGCGCAACUGGCUGGAUCGAACUUCAGCGAAGAGCGCACCGCGGAGUUACAGCAGCGUGUACGUCAGAUACACGGCACUCUACGACAGAAACGCGAUAGAGCGGACGGGCUGACAGCGACCCUACAGCGUACUGACUUUAAAUACACACCGCCGCAGAGGGACUUUGACGCGAGGAGAGUUUAUGGUACUGUGUGUCGUCUAAUUAAUGUCUGCGAUCCAAUCUACUGCACUGCCCUCGAGACGGCUGCUGGUGGAAGGCUUUACAAUGUGGUAGUAGACUCAGAGGUGACAAGCAAGCUACUGCUGCAGAAGGGGCAACUGCAGACGCGUACAACAAUAAUACCACUCAACAAGAUCUCUGGCCGUGCGCUAGAUCCUGAGAUUGUGAGAACGGCACAGAAAAUCGGAGGCGGUCCCGACAAGGUUCAACUGGCGUUAGACCUGGUAUCAUUUGAUGCGCGUCUGCGGCCAGCUAUGGCGUGGGUGCUCGGCGGAACGCUCGUCUGCUCGGACCUGAGUGUGGCCAAGCGCGUGACGUUCCACCCGCAAGUGCGCACGCGUUGCGUUACUCUCGACGGCGACGUGUUCGAUCCCGCUGGUACGCUGUCCGGUGGAGCGAGAGCUAAGGGUGGUUCUCUGCUACUGCAGUUGGCUGAGCUGAAACAACUUGAGCAGGAGAUACAAGACCUAGAGGCAGAAUUAGCGCAGUGUAAUAGAGAGCUUGCGUCCGCGCAGGGUGCGUCGGACGGGCAUGCGGCGCUGCAACACAAACUAGAAGUCAGUACUCACGCGCUGUCGGUAGCGCGGGCGCGCGUGGAAGCCACUGCUACGGCACAACUGCAUGCUGAGAUACAAUCGCUAAGAAAACAGGUUGAAGAAUUGACAAAGGCUGUAGAGCAGGACAAAAAGACUCAGAGCGAGACAGCUGCGCGAGCGAGAGAACUGGAAGAUAAAGUGAAAGAUAUUAAAGGCCAUCGUGAAAGAGAAUUCAAGAAGGCCGAGGACAAUUUAAAGAAGGCGAAGAAAGACGCGGAGAAGCAUAGCAGCUCGUGGAAGCAGCGGGAACAGGAGUUCGAGACGUUGAAACUCGAGGUGGAGGAAUUGAAGCGGGCGGUGGUGGCGGGCGAGACGCAGCUACAGAGUACUGAGGACGCAUCAGCUGGUCUACAGGAGGAGUUGGUUGAGGCGCAGAGGAAACAUACAGCUGCUACGGAAAAAGUUAAAGAAAUCCAGAGUCGGAUUAAGAAGCAAAAAGCGGAGAUUGCUAGUAGGAACGGUGACAUUGCGCGGCUACAACAGCAAAAGGAGAAACUCGGCAAGAACAACGCUGACCUCGAACUGAAACUCAAAGAGUUGGACUACAAAGUGAAGGAGCUGCAGACAGAGGCAUCGGAGUGUGAGAAGAGGAUAAAAAACCUCGAAACCGAGUACCCGUGGAUACCGGGCGAGCGGCAAUACUUCGGCGCGGCGGGUGGACUGUACGACUUCGCGGGGCGGCAGGCGGCCGUCGCCGGCUCCCGGCUCGCCCAGCUCCGAGAGAGGCGGGAUAAGCUCGCGCGCGGAUUAAACGCGCGGGCGCACGCGUUGCUAGGCAAGGAGGAGGAACAGUACCAAGACGUGAUGCGAAAAAAGAAGAUCGUGGAAGCGGACCGGGCGAAACUCGUCCAGGUGAUGGCGGAGUUGGACGAGAAGAAACGGCGGACGCUGACGACGGCGUGCGAGCAGGUGACGCGUGACUUCGGCUCCAUAUUCAGCUCGCUGCUGCCGGGUGCGCAGGCGCAGCUGCAGCCGCCGCCGGGGAAGGGCGUGUUGGACGGGUUGGAGGUCAAAGUCGGAUUCAACGGGACAUGGAAGGAUUCGCUGGGCGAAUUAUCCGGUGGUCAGCGGUCCCUAGUGGCACUAUCGCUAGUACUCGCCAUGUUGCUGUUCAAGCCCGCGCCGCUGUAUAUUCUGGAUGAAGUGGACGCCGCGCUCGAUUUGUCCCACACGCAGAAUAUCGGCCAGAUGUUGAAGGAGCACUUCAAGCAUUCGCAGUUCAUAAUCGUGUCGCUGAAGGACGGUAUGUUCAACAACGCUAACGUCCUGUUUCGCACCAAGUUUGUUGACGGCAUGUCUUCGGUACAGAGGACGGUGAACUCGCGGCGGUGAUAGAACUUUCCAGAACAAUUUUCGUACGUAUUGUUGCUAUGUCUUCGUAGAGUAAUUUAGUUUUUUACAGCGUUGGUUGAUCCAUUGUUAGUUGAUAAGUACGUACUUUAAGUUAUACAUAAUGUCAUAGCAUAUUUUUCGAUUUUAUGAAUUGUAAAUAAAAGUAUUUUGUAAUA